AUGGGAGCUGCAUCGAGUAAAUGCAUUGGAGCAUCGUUGCAUCUUAUAAAGGUGGCAAAGAAUUCAGCUGCCGACAGGUGCGGGUUACUUCCUAUAUUCCACUACAUCGUGGAAGUGAAUGGGACCGAAGUUACUUCGGAGAGUGACAUUCUGAAAAUAACGCAGCACUGGGCGGAGGGAAGGCUAAGCUUGCUUAUCUACGACUGCAGAUCAAAAAGCACGCAUUUGGUGGAGAUGGCUCGUGUAGAUAAAGAGAAGAUAGGGUUUAGCAUCAAGCUAAACACCGCAGAGAUGGCUCCUGUCACUUUUCGGAUAAUGGACACGGGAUACAACUCGCCUGCUCUUGAUGCAGGCCUGCAGAAGGACCACGACUACAUUAUUGGGCACGAAAACGGGUCAUUCUCAAAUAUCUACGAGUUUGAGUCUAUCCUGGAGAAGCACAGGAACAAGAAGAUGGUGUUGCUGGUUUAUAAUGUGGGAAUGAUGAGCAUACGCAAGGUGGAGAUAGAGCCCAAUGAACAGGGUGAGAUAGGCUGCGACCUGGGCAGCGGUAUUCUGAAUGAUGUUCCAUUCCAGGAGGGCAAAGUGGAGAUAGUUGGAGAAACAAGAAAAAGCGUACAAGGAGCAAAAAAUAAGACAAAAGAUGCGCUGGAAACAAAUGCACCCAGUGGUAAUACUGAAGGAGACACAACUGAUCUGAAUAGGAGUAAUGAGGCUACAGGAGAUAUAAUAGCACAGGAUGCAGAGAGAGUAGAAACUAAUAGAAACUUGUCUCCAGAUGAUGCAGCUGAAUUAGCAUCAAGAGUAGAUAGUAUGGUCAUACAGAAUGAUUCGCCGUAUGAUAAUGGACAGAAUGUGGCACAGGAGAUAGAAGAGGAGCUGGAAGCAGAGAUACACGGCCAGGAGAUACAGCACAACUUGGACCAGGCCAUGUAUGAAUCACUAAAUGCACAGGUGGCAGAUGAAACAGAAGAUAUACCGCAGGACAAUGAGGCAAUUGAUGAAGAAGUAGUGGACCACAUCUCAAGAAUAUCAAAAUCAACGAAUGAAGAUAUCCUAUCAGAAUACCAGCUAGAGGAAAUAAAGCCAGUCUCUCCUGUGUUUGACUACGACUAUGCUACGUCAAACAGCAUUGCAUCAAGUAUGCUAACAAACGGCUACAGCAAUUCCCUUAGUACGCCCCAGGGCAGCUACACCAACUAUCCCAUGCACACCUCAACAACACCGCAGAUAGCCCAGGAAACAGUAGAUUAUAACGGAAACACACAAGAAGAGCCAUUAAAUUAUAGCAGAGAUGCACAGGAAGUGGCAAACAGCACAUUAAACAGUCCAUUAGGCCAGAGCAUUCAUCAAGCAGAACAGAAUAUAGCACAGUACAACGAAGACGAGCAAGUACCAGCUCCAAACACUCCAAUGCCUGGUGAAGAUAUGAUGAUGGGUGAAGAAGGAUAUCAGCAGAUCUCUGAUGCAGCUAAUGGGUAUAUGGAUACUCAGCAGAUGCCUGCAGACUACAUGAGUAACCAAGACGUACUAGAUUAUGAUCAGGCUCAGCUAAGUUACGGUGGAAAUACGCAAAAUUAUCAGAAUAAUGUGUUCUCGUGCAACACUCCAUCAUACUUUGAUCUGUCAGAUGGCAAUGCAUAUGAUGCUCACCCAGGACCACUUGCUGGAUACCUACCAACUGAUUAUCUAUCAGCUGACGAAAUGAACAACACAAAUAAUAACUACUUUGCAUCUAACUCAGCCAGUCCAAGCAACGAGCAAGCACAGCAUCCACCGUAUAACGAGACUAAUCCAUUCUACAUACAGCCCGCAGAAGAAGGAGCAGAGAGAGAUGAUGCAUCGGAUGUAUUCCACAGCAGAUAG